UUUUUAUUAUAGCAACAUUGUUUUUAACGAGUAAGCAGUGAAUACGUGUUGAAAUUCUUACCGGUGUUCGUUGAGUCAUGGAGUUUUAGUGACGUUUUUAUCGUAAAUUGUGAUAAUUAUUAUAAGAUAGUACGUUCCUAAUUAUCAACAGUUUUAACAUUGGUGUUGUGUUAGCCGCACGAGGCAUUUCAAGAUUAGAUCGAUAAUUUUAAAAACAAAAGCGAAUUUGAAGACAAAAUGAAGCUCUCCUUACUCCUCCUCUGCGGUCUGCUGCCGUUCAUCAGGACAGAAGAGAACCCGUUCCUGGACCUGGCUUCCUCCUUCAUCCAGAACAUGGGGGAUGGGGGUGACGGCAUGGGGGCGCUCGGCAGCAUCGUGGGCUCGCUGAUGCAGGGGCAAGAUGGAGGGAAUGCUGGAGAUGUUCUGUCAGGAAUCGGCAGCCUACUCAGCGGGCAAGACGGCAAAAUCGACCCCGCCAUGAUCGGCUCAAUGAUCUCCAUGUUCGCCCAGAUGAACUCUAAUGAACCCAAGCAACGCCAGAAACGCGAAAACAACGAGAAACCAGAGAUGAACCUCGAUAGCAUCCUUAGCAUGGCUUCCAGUCUCCUAGGCAACAAGAAUGUGGCGUCCCUGCUGCCGGUAGUCAUGAAUACGCUGAAUACACUGUCGAACCCGGAUAAUAAGGAGUUGGCUGAUGGACAUAAAGAUCAUGCUGACUUCUUACCGCCUUUCUUGGAGAAACUGCAUCUUUAUUGGGAUCUAUUCACUGAGUCUGAAUUGGGAAAAGUGAUCUGGGAGAAAUCAGGCCUGAAGCGGGCCCUGAAAGCCUUCACCGGUCCCGACGGCAGCCUGAGCUUCGAGCUGAUGAUGAAGAACUUCGAGAACCACUCCUUCAGGAGGCACUGGAUCAAGGCGGCCGCGAGAUACUUGACCGAUCUGGUGAUGCAGAUCGCGAAGCCUGAGGUUUAUCAGAGGUACAUCGGCGCCGCCGAGUACAUCAUCAACAGCUUCCUGGACGCGCAGGGCCUGCCGCGCAGCACCCACUUCAACGUGAAGACCCCGGAGAAGUCCAUCACGGUGCUCCUCAACUUCGUGCUGAAGAGGUACCUCAACGUCGACGCCGAUGUAUCGUCGUACGUCAAACCCGCCGUGGAUUACUUGAAGCAAACCCUGAAGAUGGCUCAAGCGACCUCCGCCAGUCUGACCAGCCGCGGGGACUACAAUGCUCUCGCGGACCGCGUGACAGACACACUCAAUUUGGAGAUCAUUGAACCAGUGCUGAGGGUCUACAGAGCUUACAAGCAUUCUGUGGCUGCACCGCACUGCCAGGAGCAUCUGAUGUGUUUGGUUAACAGGCACCAUGACCAGGACAAGCAAGGACUACCCGGCUUCAAGGCAGGCCUUACAAAGGUAGCCAGUAUGGCGGCGUCGGCCGCGCUGAGCUUCCAAAAUGGAAAAGGAUUCUGGGAUCUUUACAACGCGAUCCAAAGCGAUGUUAACUGUGAGGCAAAGUACCCCGCAGACUGUGCUUCGUUCCACGAACACGAACUGAAGGUCACCACAGAAGUAUACCACAGUGAAUUAUAAACUAAUUUUAUAAGUGGCAACACUCGCCGUCCAAGCUUAUCGAAUUUAAACCUUAUUGAAUAGGACAAGAGUCGAUAAUCGAUUGCGAGUUUUAGAUUUUUUUUAUUUAGUACAGGGAACAGUGAAUUGAGAUUGAGAUCUAUAGGUACAUAAUAUAUAAAUAAUAAUAUUUAUUAUUAUUUUAAUAAUUUAAAUCAUAAUAUAUUUUGGAAAUGUAGUUUUGCAAUGUAAAGUAAUAUUUAUGGUAGAUUUUACGUACGGUUACAUAAGUUACUCGAAGAAAUUUCACAUUCUACCUACAAAUCCUAAUUUUAAUAUGUGACGGAAGCAUUUUAUUAUGUGACUGAAAUAAAUAGAUUUAAUUUAUGUAAGUAAAGCCUAACAAGUUCCUUUUUAGCCCUCGCCACGUUGCGGAUUUUCGAUGGAACUAAUUUAUUUUAAUGGCAAUUAUUUUGUUUGACAUCCGACAUUGAAAGUCAUUGAAUGUCACCGAUGUAAACAAAUCGAAAAUGAUUGUAAAUAUUUCAGGAUAAUAAUAGAUUUUGCAAUCAAAAUGCCCAAAAAAAUUCACACCGAUGCUAAACAAAUAAUUUUAAAUACAUUAAAAUACUUGCGACAGAAAAAGGAUACGGGAUUCAGUAGCAUUCCAUUAAACAAUGUUGUGAAAUUAUUUGUUGACAUGACGGGUACUGAUUUUCAUAGUGAGUUUGUAAUAAACUGGUUAGUUUUGUACUAAAUAUGAAUAUUAAUUAUUAAAUUAUUAUUUUUCUCAUUUAAGGCGUCUUUAGUGCUAUAAUCAAAAAUAUUUAUUAUAAGAAUGAGCCAUUACCACCACGAGUGACUGAAUCUGGUAAAUAUAUAUACGGAGGUCGAAUAUUUAGAAUCAAAUUAUGGCGGAUAGGUAAAUUAUUCAUACUUAAUUAUCAACUAAACAUGCUCUUUCGAUUGGGUUUCGAUUGGGAAACAUACUUCUACAACUCACAUGUACAUAAUUGUAUACCUCACUCGCUCUUGCACGAUGCCAAUACACACUGUCCCGACUAUUCAUGACGUACACGUAUUGUUGCUAUAUGUAAGCUGUUUGUAGCGACAUUAUAUCAGGGCUAAAAAAGAACUUGUCAGGCUAUACUUAGUUUUAAAGUACUUAAGGGUAAAUUAUAUUUUUGCUGGACAUUGGUGCUAGAAUAUCGCAUAAUUUCCCUUUUAUGACUCUUAUUUAAGAAAUAACUUUAGACAUUUUUAGACUUGUUUUUCUCCUUUAAUAUCUCUGCUCAGACAUUACUUUUUAAAGCAUUUGCCUGGAUAAAGACAAAAUAUAAACAUUUUAGGUAAUUUCGCUCAAUUCAAAAAAAUCUUCUCAUUUUUAACUUUUUCUGAAGCUUUGUUCUCAUCUUUAUGGCGACUUUCUUAUCUGUUUUAUUAAUCUUAAUUAUUGAGUAUUAAACUAAAUGGUCAAUCAACUUUUUGUUGAUGUUAUUCUAUUUCGUCGUCUCGUGGAAAAAAAUGUAAUGUUAAGAAAAAUUGUUAUUUGUGGCGUUCCACCCUUUAGGGUCGUUAAGCUUCAAGUGCUAUUUCCUAAGGAUAUUUCCAUCUGAAAUACCAAAAGAAUUUCUAAUAAAAAGGUCCUAUUUGCAGGUGAAGCAUAAGGACCUUACUCUGAUGGAUAUACAAUAUUUUUAUAUAACUUAUAUACCUUAAAAAAAGUAUAAUUUCUGUAAAAAUUUGCUUAUAUGACUCAAUUUUUA